GGCACGAGCACGGACAGGAACAUGGACAGGGUUCAUGCACUCAUCUUCUGCUUCCUCCUGAUUCAGAUGUCCAUCGUGGCAGCUCAGUCCGGCUGUUCUCCAAAUACAACUGCAACCAUCGCAGAAAACAACCAUGUGGGGGCUGUCGUGGCAACAAUCCCCAUCGAGACCGGAGUGACCCUCACCUACUCCCCAAACAACCCCCCUGAUUUCCCUUUUGCAAUUGAUGGAAACCAGCUGAUAGCUACGAGUGUGUUGGACUUUGAGACGAUGAUUUCUCCUUUCAUGGUUGGCAUCGUAUGCACUAGAGAAACUUCAGUCGAUUACACCAUUUAUGUAUUUGUACAGAAUGUAAACGAUAACCCCCCCGUGUUCGACAAGAUCCUGUAUACACCAACCAUCAAUGAGAUGUCCCCCAUAGGUUCCACUGUGGGUAAUUUUGAUGCCACAGACCAGGACCAGGACCAGCUGUACUACAGGCUGACAACUGAAUCUACUUAUUUCAAACUGAAGUUACCAACCAUCCCAGAAAUCCUGGUUGAUGCACAACUUGACUACGACAAGAUUAAACAGGUUGAACUGGUACUCCAAGCUCAGGACACAAAGUUUGACUCACCGCCAGAAGAUAUCUCGUUUACGGCCACCACAACCAUCAUGAUUUCCAUCUUAGACAUUGACAACAGACCACCAUGGUACCAGCCUUGCAGCAGACGUGAAGUGGGGGGAACCGUGGUCUGUGAGAGUUCUGGCUACACCGGCAGGGUUUAUUUAAAUGAACAAGAGACUGGGGCAUUACCUUUGAAACCAGGACCACUUUAUGCCAUUGAUGGAGACAUGGGAAUAGAUGAAGACAUAACGUACUCCUUCCUCAGUGGAGAUGAAGAUAAUCUGUUGGAGAUCAACCCAAACACAGGAAACGUCACAAUGUUGAGGCCAGCUGACGUGUUGGGACCAAUCAGUCUGACAGUCCUGGCAGCUCAGAGGACAAACGUUCAUCAGUUCACCACAACCUCUCUCACCAUCAGCGUGCAGGUGGAGAGCCUUCAUGCUCCACAGUUCCAGAGGCCGCAGUACGAAGCUCUGAUCACCUCAAAGGGCUCGAUGGCCAUCGACCCGAGGAACCAGCAGCCAUUACAGAUCCUGGCCACAGACCAGGACUACGCUUCUACUGGGGGUCUGAAUCCCCACAUGACUUACUCAGUUGAAGGUAGCAGCAGCUUCGCCAUUGUUGGUGGUUACUUGUUCAUGACUGAAGAUCUCCCAGAGGACACGUUAUCUUUGCAAAUUUUGGCCAAAGACACAUCCAAUGAUGAGACGGCUACAGCGCAACUCCAAGUAGAGUUGAAGUUAGGUUCCUCCACCACCAGUUUGCCCCUGAGCACUACAGACAUUAUGACCAUAACCUCAGUAGGACAAUCCACCAGCAACAGCAAGACGACGCACGAGAUCCUGCCCACGACCAACGAGCACAGCAGUCUGUCCACUGGUGUGUCAGCCACCAGCCACAGCCUAACAAAGAUGCCAUCGGGUGAAUUCAGAGGAUCGGACAUGGCAGCGCUCAGUGCGACCUUGGGUGUUCUUUUAUUUGUUUGUCUCUUGGUCAUUGGGCUCCUCGUUUGUCAUGUGCGGAGGGGGAAAGCAGACUGGAAGAAGAUCCAAGAAGUGACCAUGUUUCGAAGCUCUCUGGGCCAAAGCUCAGGAGGUCCCAAGGAGGGAGUUCAGUACACCAACGAGGCUUUCCACAAAGAUGAGGACGGAAGCAGCGUAGGUUCAGGGGGUCCAGAGGUGGGAAACACCACAGCUGGUGGAUACCCACCAAAGAUGGAUUGGAACCACCCCAGCAAAGAGGUGCCCCAGAGGUCUUCUGCACCACUGCCCCCACUGCUGCCUGACGCCAGCGACAACAACUCGGAUAAGGCUGAUGACGAGAAAGACGUGAAACCUAUCCUGACCAAGGAAAGGCGGGUUGAGGAGGGAUACAAGUCUGUCUGGUUUAAGGAGGACAUCGAUCCCAACGCCAAGGAGGAGGUGGUUAUCAUCCCAGACAGCAGAGAAGAAGACAGCGAUGAGGAAGAUGAGGAGCAAAAUGUAUCCGAAAUGAAACGUUACCGGAUGAAAGCUCCAAAGGUUGGCUUCGCUGACACAGAUCUGGACAGUGGACUCGGGGUGAAGAUGGACAAUCCUGGAGAGGAUUCAGAGAACAACCACGAUCUGAACGUUGAUCUGUGACUCGAGCCAAAGGAUAAAGACACUGCACCAGAAACGAAGCGCAAUCCCAUGUGAAAUGGAUCCAUCAGGCCCGAACGCUGACGUCUCUCCAGAGACAGAAUGAAGCCUGAAAACAGUUGGAAGGGUUUGUUAAACACUUUGAAUAUUCUCAUCUGAAAGCAGAUUCACUGUUAGAUUUCUGCCCUUUAAUCUUUAUUUAUGUCAACUUGUCACAUGUAACUGCUGAACAACAACCUAAUUAAAGACAAUCUUUUAUCGUGCACGGAGUUCUGAGCUCGUAAAGAACUUUGUGUGAACACCUAAAAUCAAGUAUUUUCUUUCACUCCUGCAGUUUUCUAACACUCACUGUAUUUGAUAUGCCAAAGGUUUGUCACUCAGAAAAAGAAACGUUCAUAUUUAGCU